AUGGGAAAGGCACUGCUCGUGUUGGCGGUGGCGAUAGCACUGGCCUCGGUGCGAGUCAAGAGCAUCCCCUUCACCGAGGAGGAUCUCGCGACCGAGGACAGCCUGUGGGAGUUGUACGAGAGGUGGUCGAGCCACCACAGGGUGGCUCGAACCCACCGCGAGAAGCACCUACGGUUUGAUGUCUUCAAGGAGAACGCCAAGUACGUACACGAGUCCAACAGGAUGGGAAAGAGCUACAACUUGAGCCUGAAUAAGUUCGGGGACACGACGCGGGAGGAGUUCAGGCGCACCUAUGCCGGGUCGAGGAUUAACCCCCACGGCUCGUUCAGAGAUAUUGGCAGAACCGGCAACGGGAGCUUCAUGUACGAGAAUGCCGUCGACCUCCCUGGCGCCAUUGAUUGGAGGCAGAAGGGCGCGGUCACUGACGUCAAGGAUCAAGGCAAAUGCGGGAGCUGUUGGGCCUUCUCGACCGUGGCUUCGGUGGAGGGGAUCAAUCAGAUCAGGACGAAUAAGCUUGUAUCCUUAUCGGAGCAAGAACUCGUCGACUGCGACACUGACACUAACAGAGGAUGCGACGGAGGCCUAAUGGGUGAUGCCUUCGACUUCAUCAAAGAAAAUGGUGGGAUUACAACAGAGGAAGUCUACCCUUACGUAGCUAAACAAAACAAAUGUGACAUUGAGAAGAAAAACUCUCAUGCCGUUGUGAUCGAUGGGCACGAGGAUGUUCCCAUCGACAGUGAGGAUGAUCUGAUGAAAGCCGUGGCAAAGCAACCUGUAUCGGUCGCUAUAGAAGCAGGGGGUGGCAAGGAUUUCCAAUUCUACUCUCAAGGUGUCUUCACUGGGAAUUGCGGAACCGAUCUCGAUCAUGGAGUUGCGAUUAUCGGGUAUGGAGCAACUUCAGAUGGGAUGAAGUAUUGGAUAGUGAAGAACUCGUGGGGAUUAGAGUGGGGUGAGCAAGGGUAUAUGAGGAUGCAAAGAGGGAUCUCAGCAAAAGAGGGGUUGUGUGGCAUUGCCAUGCAAGCAUCUUAUCCUAUUAAGACAUCUCCCAACCCAAUUUAA